AUGGAACCUCAGGCGGCCACUUUUAGCCCAGAUCAUCUUUCUAUUCCAGUAGAUGCUAGGGCUGCAAGAGCUCAAAUUACCCCGUAUGCCAGAGUGGCAUCUUCUGGGGGGAAUGGUCCAUACCCCUUCCUGCUCAGCCACGCAAUCUGUGGAGUUCUCAUUAGUUCUGAAACUCUGGGUGUCCAGGCCAUUCCUAUGCAAACCCACCUGGGCUGCUGUCCCCAGCCUCAGCUUCACGAGUGGGUCAGAGGGCAGGGGCCCUCCCCCGGGGGCACGGAGGGAGAGCAGACGAGAGGCCCCUCUCGGGAGUGCUCAUCCUGCUGCAGGAGGGGAGGGCCCGCAACCGCAGAUAAGCAGGGUCACAGCAAGGCUGCAGGGCAGAACGGGGCAGGGGGCUCACCUAGGGAGCGGCGCCUGGAAGGCAUGGAUGGGAGGGCGGGCAGGCUCAGGGGAGCAGCGGGUGUCACCGAGAGGGGGCUGCUGGGCAGUGCAGGGCCUCAGGGCUGUCCUCUGCUCCCCUUGAUAAAAAGAGAGCUGCCUUGGAAGGAACUGGGCAGCGUGGAGGACAGUACCUGGAGGAACACAGGCCAUGUGGUUGCUUGGACGCCAAAGGAGAGCCCCCUGCCCCCUGCGCUGAGUCACAGUGCUCUCUGA